AUGGGUGAGGAUGCUCUCGAUUAUCAAUCUUUCUUCUCUUCACCGCGUUGCUGUAUGUGUUUUAUAGCUCCUGAAAUUGUGAAGAAUGAGCGCUAUUCAUAUGGUGUGGAUUGGUGGGGCCUUGGAUGCCUCAUUUACGAAAUGAUUGAGGGAAAGGCUCCGUUCCGCCAACGGAAGGAGAAAGUGAAAAGAGAAGAGGUGGAAAGACGAGUACGAGAAGACCAAGAAAAGUAUUCGGACAAAUUUAGUGAGGCCUCCCGGACUCUUUGCCGGUAA